UGCAUGAGGACUGGUGCUGCUGGCAGAGGGGCUGAACAUUUGGCAGUUAACCACAAGGGCCACAAACCAUGUCUGGCUCCUAUGAUGAAUCUGCAGCAUCUGCUGAAGAAAUAACUGACAGCUUUUGGGAGGUGGGGAACUACAAACGGACUGUGAAACGGAUCGAUGAUGGAUAUCGGUUGUGCAAUGACCUGAUGAACUGUGUCCACGAGCGAGCCAAGAUCGAGAAGGCAUAUGCCCAGCAGCUGAUUGAUUGGUCCAAGCGGUGGAGGCAGCUAAUAGAGAAAGGCCCACAGUACGGCAGUCUGGAGAAAGCAUGGAUGGGCAUAAUGACAGAGGCGGACAAGGUGAGCGAGCUGCAUCAGGAAGUGAAGAAUAGCUUGUUGAACGACGACUUCGAGAAGGUGAAGAACUGGCAGAAAGAUGCCUUCCACAAACAAAUCAUAGGAGGCUUCAAGGAGGCUAAGGAAGCAGAGGAUGGUUUUCGGAAAGCACAGAAACCUUGGGCCAAGAAGAUGAAGGAGCUGGAAGCAGCCAAGAAAACCUAUCACCUGGCAUGCAAAGAGGAGAAGCUGGCUAUGACCCGGGAAGCCAACAGCAAGGCCGAGCAGUCCAUCACCCCAGACCAGCAGAAGAAACUGCAGGACAAGGUGGACAAGUGCAAGCAGGACGUACAAAAGGCCCAGGAGAAGUAUGAGAAGGUGGUGGAAGAGCUAAGCAAGUGCACCCCACAGUAUAUGGAGAGCAUGGAGCAGGUCUUUGAGCAGUGCCAGCAGUUUGAAGAGAAGAGACUCAGCUUCCUGAAGGAGGUGCUAUUGGACAUCAAGAGGCACCUGAAUCUGGCAGAGAACAGCAGCUAUACUAAAGUCUAUCGCGAGCUGGAGCAGACCAUUCGCACGGCCGAUGCUCAGGAGGACCUCCGAUGGUUCCGCAACAACUGUGGCCCAGGGAUGCCCAUGAACUGGCCUCAGGUUGAGGAAUGGAAUCCAGAUGCGGCACAAACAAUAACAAGGAGAGAGAAGCCUAAGAAGAAUGAAGGCAGCAACACACCCAAUGCCAGUGGAGCUGGGGAGUCAGCAGCACAGUCUGGGGACCGUGGCAGUGUGAGCAGCUAUGAACGGGGCCAAGCCUACACUACGGAGUGGUCAGAUGAUGAGGGUGGCAACACCUACAACUCCAGUGAAGCCAAUGGUGGUGCCAACCCCUUUGAGGAAGAGACGGCUGGGAAAGGAGUGCGUGUGCGAGCUCUGUAUGAUUAUGAUGGGCAGGAGCAGGAUGAGCUGAGUUUCAAAGCAGGUGAUGAAUUAACCAAAUUAGGUGAAGAGGAUGAACAAGGGUGGUGCAAAGGUCGUCUGGACAACGGGCAACUUGGUCUCUAUCCGGCUAACUAUGUGGAGGCCAUCUAGUUUUUGUUGUGUUCUGCUCACUGCUGUCACAAAA